UUUGAAACGAAUUGAAUACUUGUUGCUCCCUGACAAGCCUCAAAAAAGAUGUCUACCACUACUCCCUCUGCCCAGCACAGCGUAAAGUCCAGCAAAAAGCCCAACAAAAAAUCUCGCAAGGAUCCCUUCAUCAUCGUGACACCCCUAGAGGCGAGCGGCGCCCAUGUUGAUCUUUCGUCGCGUCGCGUCGGCGCCCAAAUCUAUCUCGACCACCUUCGUCCCACAGAAUGUCAACGCUCGGAGAUUGAGCGUCUAUACCUGGCGGGUCUCGCAUUCGAACACCUCUAUCGCUGUCUUGACCAGGAUGACCAAUUGAGCGCUGCAGCCCUCCUUGCCUCGUUGGGCUUGGACACGGACUCGCGGGAGUCACUGACGAACCGCUAUGUUGCGGAGACCCAGAAGAUCCUUCGUAUACGUGGCUUGGUGGAACAUAACAAACCGUGCUUAGAUGCUGAGUACACUUCGAUUCCCACCCGACCGCUUCAUCCGUCCGUCUUCGCCGUCGCUCUCCGGCAGCUCGCCGAAGGAGUUAAUUUGGACGGUAUUAUGGAGAAGAAUAAGGCUAUGUUCCGUCAGUCCUUGUACCCCGAACAGCCUUCAGAUCUACGAAAGAGUGGUUCUGCUUACCGCUGGCUCAUAAAGCGGCAUGACACACGUUCGUUGUAUCGUCAGUACAACCGCCUCCACGGUGUCAACGUGACAGAAGCGGCCCACAUCAACGUGGACGAAUGGCUGGACAAGGACUCACCGCGUUAUAACGCGGAUAUCGCAGCCGCGGUAUUCCACUAUUCGGCUCGAGCGCAAGUGGGUGAUCGCUUCGAGGUUUGCAUUGCGACGAAGGCGAUGAAGGAGGCGGCGUGGGCGCACGGGCACAAAAGUCAGAUAAUGCUUUGGCGCUGUUUCUAUUCUCAGCUCCAUCUGGAAAUCGCCACACAGCCGCAGGUUACAAUACCGAGAUCCUCGCAAAGCUUCUUUCGAAGUGGCGUGGUACCCUCGGAAAGCGUAAUGGUGAAGGAUUUUCCCCAGCCGUCGCCAUCACCGAUACCGACCUCAUGGAGCGAAACGCUCUCGCACAAGUCUUUCCAAAUAUAUGGUUGCUGAUCUGUCCAUAUGUCUGUCAAGGCCCGCAUGUCACGCGUCGAAGCGGAACUUGCAUCCACAACGGACUUUAACCAGGCGAAGGAGCUGCUGGCGAAGGAGAGAGCUUUCCUUGGCGAGGGUUACUGGAUGAAGGACGAAUCCUUGUGGAGGAGCACGACGAACCAUCUUGAGUCAUUCAACGGUGUUCUAAAGCGACGACAUCUCCGUCGUUGGCAGCGCGGUAACCGCCGUCUCCGAAUCGACAUCCUCAUCAAACUCCUGAUCCAGAAGAUCUUACCGGCUAUCUUCGAGCAGCGCACCCUCGAAAGGGAAGAGGACGCACGAUGGGAUCAUCUUCUCCUUUCGCUUCCCGGUGGAGCCGCUCUCGUGAAAGGUCUUCGCGAUAAGUCGCGUCAAGCAUUCCUGCAUCCGGUCGCAUACCUUUCUUUUCUCGUGCUACUCUGCAUACGCAACUAUAUACGACCUCCACCCGUCCUUGUACUCCAUCACACUUUCUCUUGACGGAUUCGCAUCGUGCUCAUGUCCUGACUUCGCACGCAUUGGCGGAGCAUGCAAGCAUCUUCGUGCAGCGCUGCUCCGGUUGGACGCUUUCCGAGCUCUCAAGCAGAUUGAAGGACUCUUCCGCACACGCAGCCCUUGCGGUCUCUCCUGCCGAUGCAUCAACAUCCCCUGCUCGUGGUAUUGAUGCCUCAGUGAUUGACGCCACAGCGCAAGAAGCCAACGAUACCCUGUUUGAAGAGAUAGAAGGAGACGAAGACGAGGGCGCAGACGAAGACGAAGAGGAGAUUGAGAGCGAUCUGGAGAGCGUGGCGACGGACGCUGGGGAAGAGGACGAGUUCUUAUUCACGGCCCUCGAUGAGCAUGGGAACGCUCGCCGAGCCAUCGAACAACAGACGCUGGCACGCGUUCGGACGACAUGAAGAAAGCCGCGGACGCUCGAGAGCAUAUCACAAUGCUUGCCGACCAGCUUGACAGGAUCAUGAAGAUCAGUGCCACUAGCGACAAAGCUGAGGCCUCCAGUUUGCCUUUAGCGUUGCCAGAAAAGCCGGUUCUGAGUGCACCAGUAUUCCCUGGAGGUAGAGACAGCCAUAGUAUAACGGAC